AUGACUUUGCUUCAGCGGCUCUCUUUCGGGCUGCUGGUGCGCAGCCAGCUUUGGUGUCUGCUGGCCCAGGCUGCCGUCGUCUUGCAUGAUUUCAAUAUCGGCUGGGUCACGGUCAAUCCGGACGGCGCAUUUGACCGUACCGCCAUUGGCAUCAACGGCCAGUGGCCCAUUCCUCGCAUCGAUGCAAACGUCGGCGACACAGUCAUUAUCAAUGUCCACAAUCAGCUUGGGAAUCAGUCAACCUCGUUACAUUUUCAUGGUCUCUUGAUGAAUGGCACCGUUCACAUGGAUGGCCCCUCUCAAGUCACUCAAUGCCCUAUUCCUCCCGGGGGGUCAUUUACCUACAACUUUACUAUUGAUCAACCGGGCACCUACUGGUAUCACUCCCAUACUCAUAGUCAGUACCCCGAUGGUCUUCGAGGCCCACUCAUCAUCCAUGAUCCCGAUUCGCCUUACGGUGGCGAGUACGACGAUGAGAUUGUCUUGACCCUUUCGGACUGGUACCAUGACCAAAUGGCCCAUCUCAUUCCCCAGUUCAUGAGCAAAGGCAACCCCACUGGUGCCGAGCCUGUCCCUCAGGCCGCCCUCAUGAAUGACACGCAAAAUCUCCACGUCUUUGUCAAGCCAAAGACGACCUACCUGCUCCGUCUGAUCAACAUUGGUGCUUUUGCUGGCCAGUACUUUUGGAUUGAAGGUCACUCCAUGACGGUUGUCGAGGUGGACGGUGUCUAUACCAAGCCCUACGAAACGCACAUGGUAUACCUGUCUGCCGCUCAACGAUACAGUGUCUUGGUAACUACCAAGGACGACGCCGGCAGCAAUUUCGCCAUUGUUGGAAGCAUGGAUACUUCUCUUUUCGAUCUUCUCCCUGCUGACUUGGACUGGAACGUGACGAGUUGGCUCGUCUAUGAUGGAUCGAAGGAACUUCCUAAGCCACUCCCAGUAUCCGAAUUUGAGCCUAUCGACGACAUGAAAUUGUUUCCCCAUGAUGGUAUGCAGCUUCUCCCAGACCCUCAGCGAACCGUCAAGUUGGAGGUCAAGAUGGACAACCUCAGAGACGGCGCCAACUACGCCUUCUUCAACAACAACACGUAUCGCGAGCCCAAGGUCCCCAGUCUUUACACUGCCCUGACAGCUGGCCAACUUGCGACGAAUCCCAAGGUCUACGGGGACUACACCAAUUCGUUUGUCCUAGAAAAGGAUCAAGUCGUGCAAAUCGUCAUUAACAAUUUCGACGAUGGUCGGCAUCCCUUUCAUCUUCAUGGCCACCAGUUCCAGGUCAUUCACCGCAGCGAUGAAGACGGAGGUGAGUUUAUCGAGUCAGCCCAAAUGCAACCCGCAUUCCCAUCAACGCCUAUGCGCCGCGAUACUGUGGUCGUCGAGGGCAAUGGCAAUGCCGUACUCCGCCUCAAGGCAGAUAACCCAGGCGUCUGGCUAUUUCAUUGCCACAUUGAAUGGCACAUUGUUUCAGGCUUGCUGGCUACAUUUGUAGAGGCUCCGCUAGAGCUUCAAAAGACCAUCUCGCUGCCUGCGAGUCACUUGGAUAAUUGCAAGGCUGCGGGGCUGCCAUUCAACGGUAAUGCUGCUGGCAACACGGACGAUUUCUUGGAUCUCACUGGGCAAAACGCGCCUCCAGGCCCUCUUCCCGACGGAUUCACCGCAAAGGGCAUUGUAGCAUUUUUGAUUAGCUGUAUAGUAGGAGUUGCAGGUCUCUUGUUUGUUGCUUGGUUUGGUCUCAGCCCGAGGGAGGUGUCUGAAAGCGCCAGAGACGAACUGUUGGCAGAUGGGGAGGAUGAUGAUGGGGCUUCUGCUGUCGAGGGUGCGAGUGUUGGGGACUCGGAAGAUGAUGAAGAGCAGCGUAGAUCAACGGAUCAUCUUCUAGGAGGCUCAUCUAGGGGUGGAAGGGCUUGA